AAACAAUCAAUAAACGCCAUUUGCUUAGCUUUUUUCCCUUCUUUUGAUUUUUCCACCAACACGUCACCUCUCUCUCUCUCUCUCACCGGAAAAGUCUUCACCUUUCACCGGAAAAAGUCUUCACCUUUCAAAACCGGCGGCUGUUCACAUGAACGGCACAGCAUCAUCAAUCAAUUUCUUGACAACCACCGACGAUGACCCGUCGGCGGCGAUGGAAGCUUUCAUCGGAACAAAUCAGCACUCAUCUAUCUUUCCUCCACCACCACCACAGCCACAACCUCUUCUUCCUCAGUUCAACGAAGAUACUCUUCAGCAACGUCUCCAAGCUUUAAUCGAAUCCGCCGGAGAAAACUGGACUUACGCUAUCUUCUGGCAGAUCUCUCACGACUUCGAUUCAUCGACGGGAGAGAACACUGUAAUCCUCGGUUGGGGUGAUGGUUACUACAAAGGAGAAGAAGACAAAGAGAAGAAGAAGAACAACACGAACACGGCGGAGCAAGAGCAUCGGAAAAGAGUGAUUCGUGAGCUUAAUUCGUUGAUCUCCGGCGGAAUUGGAGUUUCCGAUGAAUCAAACGAUGAAGAAGUUACGGAUACUGAAUGGUUCUUCUUAGUCUCGAUGACUCAAAGCUUCGUUAACGGUGUUGGACUUCCCGGUGAAUCUUUCCUAAACUCUCGUGUAAUUUGGUUAUCUGGGCCGGGUGCUUUAACCGGGUCGGGUUGUGAAAGAGCUGGUCAAGGUCAGAUUUAUGGGUUGAAGACGAUGGUGUGUAUCGCUGCUCAAAACGGCGUCGUUGAGCUUGGCUCGUCGGAAGUUAUAAGCCAAAGCUCAGAUCUGAUGGAUAAAGUUAACAACUUGUUUAAUUCCAACAACGGUGGUAAUAAUGGUGAAGCUUGCUCUUGGGGGUUUAAUCUGAAUCCAGAUCAAGGUGAGAACGAUCCAGCUCUGUGGAUUAGUGAACCGGCGACAAACACCGGAAUCGAAUCUCCGGCGAGGGUUAAUGGUAAUAACUCGAAUUCUAAUUCAAAGUCAGAUUCUCAUCAGAUUUCGAAGCUUGAGAAGAAUGAUAUUAGCUCUGUGGAGAAUCUUAAUCGUCAAAGUCCGUGUCUUGGUGAGAGAGAUUUGAACUUUUCGAGCUCUGGGUUGAAUAAAAAUGGGAACUUUCAAGGUGGGUUGAAGUCGAAUGAGACUUUAAGUUUCUGUGGUAACGAGAGGAACAAGAAGAGGUCUGUGGUUUCAAAAGGGAGUAAUAACGAUGAAGGGAUGCUUUCUUUUAGCACUGUGGUUCGAUCCACUGCGAAAUCAGGUGAUUCGGAUCAUUCUGAUCUUGAAGCAUCUGUGGUUAAGGAAGCGAUUGUUGUUGAACCACCGGAGAAGAAGCCGAGGAAACGGGGGAGGAAACCGGCUAAUGGAAGAGAAGAGCCGUUGAAUCAUGUUGAAGCAGAGAGACAGAGAAGGGAGAAGUUAAACCAGAGAUUCUACUCUUUGAGAGCUGUGGUUCCUAAUGUUUCCAAGAUGGAUAAAGCUUCUCUUCUCGGAGACGCUAUUUCGUACAUCAAUGAGCUUAAAUCGAAGCUGCAACAAGCGGAGAUCGAUAAAGAAGAGAUUCAGAAGCGGCUAGAUGGGGUAAACAAGGAAGGAAAUGGAAAAGGAGGGUCGAGGGCGAAAGAACGAAAAAGUUCGAAUCAAGAUUCUUCGGGGAGUUCGAUAGAAAUGGAGAUUGAUGUGAAGAUCAUAGGUUGGGAUGUGAUGAUACGCGUGCAAUGCAGCAAGAAGGACCAUCCCGGUGCUAGAUUCAUGGAAGCGCUUAAGGAGUUGGAUUUGGAAGUGAAUCAUGCGAGUUUAUCCGUUGUGAACGAUUUGAUGAUUCAACAAGCUACCGUGAAGAUGGGGAGCCAGUUUUUCAAUCAUGACCAGCUCAAAGUUGCUUUAAUGACGAAAGUCGGAGAAACCUAUUGAAACAAAGACGCCAUAUUGAAUCGAUGUUUUCAUCGAUCGAAUCUAGCGGGUAAUGUAUGAUCUCAUACACAUAUAGAUCUCUUUGUAAAGUAGUAAGUACUCAUUUUGCAUCACUCGCAUCAUGUUGUUAAUGUUGUUGUUCAUUAGGGAGAACUUGUUUAGUUCUUAGUUUAGUGUUUCAUAAUCCUUAAGGAGACCAGACCAGAGAGAGAGUUAGUAAAAUAAUAAAAUCUUUGGUUGUUGUACUUGUAUGUAUAUAUAUGUAUGGAGUAAGAUUAAGUGAGAUCCUUAAUUAUAUUGAAGUUUUUCUUGGUUCUGUGA